GUUCACUAUCUAAACAAGUUUAUAGCUAUGGCAUGCUAGCUAGCUAACGUUAUCUGUAAAGUUAGCGCUCUAGCUACAUGAUGACGUGCUAGUUAGACAGCCACUAGCUAGUGUAUGAUGGCGGCGAAGUAUAGCAAGCCACGAACGAAGCUAUAUUUUGUCAUGGAAUUCAGCUACUGAAGUUGUUAGACAGUCAUGUUGAUUAGGGCAGCAUGUUGUUAGUUGGUCAAACUAAAAGACCCAACUAGCCAACGCCGCGUUCAGAUGAGUUAACGUUAGCUAGACUAGCUAGUUUAGAUUCUUUCUGGCAGUGUUAUUUUGAUAAAUGGGUUGCUAACUAAAUAGUUACGUAGAUAGCUAUGUUAACUAGAUAUUCCCCUCAGUAUUGAAAUGGUAGAUGUGUUCCUAUUCAGCUAGCUAAAACAAUAAUCUCCAUUUGCCAUAAUAGAAUGGGGUGAACAUAAUUAAAAGCACUGCAAGCUUUACAGGAGGUCUUUUUACCUGUACAUGUCCACGGGGAACUAGAUCGGAAGUUCCAUUCCUCAUGAAUAGUUUCAAUAGCUAAAUGUGAUCAGGGGUGGUUCUCUAGUAGCUAAAUGUGUCAUCGUCAAAUCAUGAGAAAUUGCUAGGUGGCUUAUGAAUCUUGCGACAGCUGGAAGCUAUCAUGAAUUUCUCAUGAGUCACAAAAUAUUUCAAAUGUAUAUAAUUAAAAGCUCCCACAAAGGAGAAGGCUUGGGCAUAUUUGUUGCUAUAGUUUGCUGUCGGAAUACCCUUCUAUGUAGUAACUGACUGCUUUCUCGAUCUCAAAUUACAAAUUCACAGCAAGUAAACAAACUGAAUCUACACGUGGGAGAACAACACCCCUGUAUGACAUUAUGCUUAUGGUGACAAGAUGGUGUAUGUCAUUCAGCGUUGCGGAUGUCAAGGUCACUACAAUGGAGCAGAAAAAGAUGACACCUUCAUCUAGAGUGGUCAAUGCAUUCUGAGGAAGUGUCUGGCCCAAGGGCAUGUUGAGACAUCUCACCAGGCCAGAGCAGAGGCGUCUAGGUGGGGCAGGCAGGGCCUGAAGGAGGGGAGGACAGACCGUGAGGACCAAAGAGAGCGACAUGGGCCAGUGUGUCACCAAGUGUAAGAACCCAUCGUCCUCGCUCGGCAGCAAGAGUGGCGACAAGGAGCCUGGGUCCAAGUCCCACCACAAGAAAUGCGGGGGCACGGGAGGCAGUGGGGGAGGAGGGCACAAGGACGAGCCCAGCGCCCUGAGCAGGAAGGCCUCCAGUGAGCUCAUGUUCAAUGGCACCAAGAAUGCCUUGGAGGUUACCGUGGAGACMACGGUGAUCCCCACAUCGGCUAUGAUGGGGGAACUGAGGAAUGAGGAGCACUCGGUGGCAGACCGGGAGGGGCCGUCCUUGCUGCGCAUCGAGGAGCUUUUCUGCUGCUACAAGGACCCGCAGGAGGAGUCUAUCUUGGAGGAGGGCAUGGAGAGGUUCUGCAAUGACCUGUACGUGGACCCCGCCGAGUUCCGUGUGCUGGUCCUCGCUUGGAAGUUUCAGGCGGCCACCAUGUGCAAGUUUACAAGGAAGGAGUUUGUAGACGGAUGCAGGGCGAUCAAGGCGGACAGUCUCGAGGGCAUCUGCUCCCGGUUCCCCUUCAUGCUGCUGGAGGCGCAGGGCGAGGAGAACUUCAAGGAGCUGUACCGCUUCACCUUCCAGUUYGGCCUGGACGCUGAGGAAGGCCAGCGCUCACUGCAGCGUGACAUUGCCAUUGCGCUGUGGCGCCUGGUCUUCACGCAGGACACGCCAGCCAUCCUCGAGCACUGGCUGGACUUCCUGGGCGAGAACCCGUCAGGUGUGCGGGGCAUCUCGCGGGACACCUGGAACAUGUUCCUCAACUUCACACAGGCCAUCGGGCCGGACCUGAGCAACUACAGCGAGGACGAGGCCUGGCCAAGCCUCUUUGACACCUUUGUAGAGUGGGAGAUGGAGCGCAGGAGAAAGGAAGAGCAGUUAAAGAGGGCAGAGGAGGAGGACAGGGGAUGCACUGAGACUGAUGAGAGCUCUCCCUCCAGCACAGACAGACUUGAAACAGAGGGCGGACGGGGCUCACAGACCUGGGGGGGGCACUGACUACAGGACUAUAGAAUUCUGGGAAGGGAGGUUGGGGUGGGCGUAGUCUGACCUAUAAGUGAACUGUACAUCUGUGAAUCAAUGGAUGACAAAUUGGUAUUACCAUUACUGUUAUUCCUCUCUCUCCUUUUCUGUUGGGGUGGGCUGGGAUUCGCUUACACCCUGCUUUAUUUCUGGUUAAUGAAAGGGCUCAAAUAACUAUUGUUUUAGCACUUCUAUUUAAGUUAUUUGUUUUAUUUUAUUUUUCUUGAAUGUGUGUUUUUGGUCAUUUGGACAUGUGGUCCAUUUUAAUCUUUCCCCACCCUCCCUAAACUCACAAAGAAAGCUCAGUAUAUAAGGUUGCUUUAAAAGCCAGGUGCCAGAAAGCCAUACCCCUUCCCAAGUCUCAUAUUUUUACAGCUUACAUUGACCUGGAAACACUGGUGAUUUGACCUCUCACCCAAAGACGCAGGCCUAAUUAAAUUCUCAUAUUACAUUAAGGGAAAUCUAGUUGUCCGCAAAUAACACCUUAUUACCAGAGCCUGAGCUUUACCUUUUGGGGUCAGUGAAAUCAACUUGAUUUUAAUUUUGAAACAAUAUUUGAGUGUGGAUGAUUUGGGUUGCGUUUUGAAAUGUGGACUAUUUAAAGGGUUCUAUUCUUGGCCUAUCUAUCUAUUGCCUGUAGUUGUGAUGGCCAACCAUGAUUUGUUCAAAGAUGUGGUCGUACUCGAGCGUGCAUAAUGUCCUAAGACUAAACAUUUAUUUGACAGUGACAAUACCAAUUACUUCCUAGAAUUUUUAUUUUAUUUAUCUAAAUUAAAAAGUGUUUAGGGUAUAUACAGUGCAUUUGGAAACUAUUCAAACC